AUGGCGGAAAAUGUCCACUUGGCUGGGACGGUGGCGGUUCCGACAGCGAACGGUGGAGGGGUGUGUUCAGAUGAGGUGCAUUAUAGGGGUGUGAGGAAGAGGCCAUGGGGGAGGUACGCGGCUGAGAUCAGAGAUCCUGGCCAGAAAACACGUGUCUGGCUUGGAACUUUUGAUACGGCGGUGGAAGCUGCUAAGGCUUACGAUACGGCCGCGAGGCUGCUUCGUGGUAGGCGGGCCAUAACUAAUUUUUCUCUGACAACUGAGGAUAACCUCAUGAACACUAGAGAUUUUAUGGCUAAACUUAGUACUAGAAAUCAUGUUAACAUUAAUACAAAUAAUCAUGGUCCCAUUAAGAACAGUGAUAUUGGGUCAAGCGGCGGCGGUGGUGCGGUGAGGAUUCCGUUGCCAAUUCAGAAUCCUCAGUCACGCCAUUUUCCGGUUGCUGGAUGUUCUGCUCCGCUGCAGUUGGAGCGUGAUAGGUGCUAUGUGGAGGCUUUAACUAUAGCUGGAGUGAUUGUUAACCGGGAUCCAAGUAGCCAAAAGAAGACGAUUGACUUCAUUGGCGGCGGCGUUAACGGCGGCAGUGGGCGUGGGGUUCAGACUGAGCCACCAACCACCAGCACCAGAGCUCUCAAUCUUGAGCUCACCCUUGCACCGCCAGGGAACAUGUGA